CAACAUAUCCGCAUAUAUAUAUUUAAAAUGAAAUAUGCAAGCGAUUUUAAUCUUUGUUUUAAAUGGCAGCAAUAGUUACUGCGUUGCAGUUAUCUGACUGAACUUUCUAUUUAGCACACGAGAUAAUGCUUGGCUAUAUAAGCCGCUCAAGCGGCAGCUGCAUGUGGCAAAGUAAUUUACGUGCAGCAACAUGAAGCAACAACUGCUGGGAUUUUUCUUCAUUUUAAUGCUCAGUCUGAGCGCGCAGGCAAAGCCAGAUAUGUGCAAUCAGCAGGCUGCCAUGGAUGGCAUGCCACAGGAUGGUGCCGCCUGCAUGGCCUUUAUGCCCAGUUGGACCUACGAUGCCAAACAAAAUGCUUGCGUUAAGUUUUUAUUCGGUGGCUGCGGUGGCAAUAAUAAUCAAUUUGGCAGUCAACAGGAGUGUGAGACAGCUUGCAAGGACUGACUGGGAAAAACACAAACUGUUAUGUAAUAUAAGCAACAUUAAAUGUGGGAGUAUAUGCAACUAUGUUAUACACUUUGCCAAACAGUUUUGUGUUUUCGUUUUGCUUCAAAAUUAUGGAAAAAAUUAAUAAACCAAGACACAUUUUUGGAAU